CCUGUUUCGCUGUAGGUCGUGAAAACCAGCCCUUCCAAGGAAAAAAUCAUUACUGUAAGAAGUCCGACUUUUAUGUCAGAGAAAAAGACCCCGCCUACCUCACCAAUAAAGUUCAAUAAACUCAUCCUUAUCUGGAAACCUUUUACACACCCCUCCAUGCAUUGUCCACAGAAAGAGAGUCGAGGGAGGCGGACGGCUGUUAUAUAAAUGACCCUUGCUUCCCUCUUGCUCAUACCAGACUUGAAAAAUCCAAUUUUGAGGCCCACAAUCAUUUUUGACGUCAAGCGCUCAAAAUAAACAACCUGACACUUUUGCAGAAAAUGAGAACUUUAACCAAACUCAUUCUGGCAGGUGUAGGUGUUGCUUUCCUCGCUGUCAGGUGGAGUGCUCCCAGCUUUGAUGCAGAGUCUCUGAGGGGGGCCAGGGUGCUGGUGACUGGAGCCAGUACAGGUAUCGGUGAACAAAUCGCAUAUCACUAUGCCCGCUUUGGUGCCCAAGUCGUUAUUACAGCGAGAAGAGCGAAUGUGCUACAGCAGGUGGCAGAGAAGUGCCUGAGUCUGGGCGCCCAGAAAGCUCUGUACAUAGCAGCGGAUAUGGCCGACGAAUCAGACCCCGACAGAGUGAUCAGUUUUGCCGUGGACCAGCUGGGAGGGCUGGACUACCUGGUUCUCAACCACAUUGGUCCAAGCCCGUUCAGCAUGUGGGAGGGAGAUGUGGAUCACACCAAGUGGCUGAUGAAGGUCAAUUUCUUCAGCUAUGUUGAGAUGACCUGGAAAGCUUUGCUGAGCCUUGAACAAAGUAAAGGAUCUCUGGUGAUAGUCUCAUCGCUGUUAGGUAAAAUGCCCAGUCCAUUUGUUGCACCUUACAGCUCAACAAAGUUUGCCUUGAAUGGCUUUUUUGGGUCUCUGCAGCAUGAGCUAGCUAUGAAGAAAAGCAACGUGUCCAUCUCCAUAUGUACACUGGGUCUUAUCGAUACUGAAUCAGCUAUGGAGAAAGUCAGGAGUGUCACUGACGUGCCAGCAUAUCCUGCCACAGAAGCAGCCUUGAACAUCAUCAUUGCCGGAGCCACAAAACAGCAAGAGGUGUUCUACCCCUGGUUCACCUACACGGCUAGUCUUACCAAAGAUUGGUUCCCUUCUGUCACAAACUAUGUCAUCCGGAACACCUACAAAUACAUGCCAUGAAAACUGGUUAUCCAUAGCACCAUUUUACAUACUUUUUCCGUUUCAGGGUCAGCUACAUGAUACACAGCAUGUGGCUAUGUAACUGUUUCCAAUGCUGUUACAUCUCACUUAUAUUGAACACCGGUGUAACAUCUUUUAUUAGCAUUGGCUCCAUGGAUCAUUCUCACUGGGCAGUGUGUUUUUUAUAACUGUGAAAAAAGAUCGUCUUUAUCAUUGUCUUCCUCUUCGUAAAUUAAGCUGUCGCAAUAUGAGUAGUUUUGUCUUACAUAUUUCACCCGUCCAGUUGCAAAAUAUUUUUUUUCCUCUGGCCAAAUGGAUCUUGUUACUAUGAAUAGCAGCCUGAACCUUGCCCUCUGUGUUUUUUUUUUUCCUCAUCGUGCGUUGUAGAGAGGGCCGGUUGUAAAACGUCAACAGCACAGAAAAUGUCAUUGCUGGUGUUUAUUUUAUCUUGCCCUACUUACUGGUAAGGACAGGACCUCCGCUACACAGAACUCUGAAUGUCCACACGAUGGCAGUAGUGCCAAAGUAAUGAGGAAAGAUUGAACCAUGACGAGUGUAUCAGUACUGCUCCUCAGACUCUAGCAACAAGUGUAGGUUACAUGGUGUUCCCUCUUCCACAAUAUACCAAAUACAUAAACAUACCUUUGACAGUGAUAUGGUAUGCUGGCUCAAAAACAUGGUUUAUAGACCUCUUUGCAGUUUUUGGACAUGGUGGUGGUAUAUUCUGGAAGGAACAUCCUCAAAUGUAAUAUAUCUAUCAACAUGUGCAUUUAUUUAUCCGUCCAGUCAACAGCUGAAGCCCGUGGUCGGCAAAGUUUUUCUACUCAAUCUCACAUUCCCUGAUUAAGCCAAUUUAACAGUUUUAAACAGACUAAAUUUUGUCAUGUUCACAUUUUGAAUCAUGAGUAUUUUUUAAUAGUUUGAAUAUAGUGAAUGAUGGUCUAAAAUAUGAUAUUUGUCCAAAUAAACAUUAUGUUGACUUUAA